UUCCUGCAACCUGGCGAACCCGCAGCUCUCGGCAAGGACACCGGGGAGGGGGCACGUCAGCGCUCCCACUUCCUCCCGACGCAGCCUGUGAUUGGCUCGCAGCCUUAGGAGGAACACGAGAAGGCAGCAGCUGCGGCUGGCAGAAACUUACUGGUGUCUCUGGGUACCAUCACACUGUACCGCGGUCAGCUCCGGACUGCCCGGCCUGGGGACGAUGAGGUCGUCGUGCGUCCUACUGGCCGCGCUGCUGGCGCUGGCCGCCUACUACGUGUACAUCCCAGUCCCCGUCUCGGUGUCAGAACCCUGGAAACUGAUGCUGCUGGACGCCACUUUCCGCAUCGGGCAGCAAGUGAGUCACCUGAUACAUUCCCUGGGCCUGAGCCACCAUCUGAUCGCCCUGAACUUCUUCAUCAUUUCUUUUGGCAAGAAAAGUGCAAGGUCGUCUCUGAAAGUGAAGGUGACAGAUACCGACUUUGAUGGGGUGGAAGUCCGAGUGUUUGAAGGCUCUCCGAAACCCGAUGAGCCACUGCAACGCAGUGUGAUCUAUAUCCACGGAGGAGGCUGGGCCCUGGCAGGUGCAAAGGUCAGCUACUAUGACGAGCUGUGCACAGCCAUGGCGGAGGAGCUGAAUGCCGUCAUCGUCUCUAUUGAUUACAGGCUAGUUCCACAGGUUUACUUUCCAGAGCAAACUUACGAUGUCAUCCGUGCCACAAAAUACUUCCUGCAGCCAGAAGUCUUACACAAGUACAAGGUGGACCCUGGCAGAGUCGGCAUUUCUGGAGACAGUGCUGGCGGGAAUUUGGCUACUGUCGUUGGACAGCAGUUUUCCUACGUGGAAAGCCUGAAAAAUAAACUCAAAGUGCAGGCUCUGAUCUACCCAGUGCUCCAGGCUUUGGACUUCAACACACCCUCUUAUCAGCAAAACAUGAACACUCCCAUCCUGCCGCGCCACGUCAUGGUGAGGUACUGGGUAGAGUACUUCAAGGGCAACUCUGACUUUGUCGAGCCAAUGAUUGUGAACAAUCACACCUCCCUUGACGUCGAGAGGGCAGCGGCCCUCAGGGCUCGUCUCAACUGGCCCUCCCUGUUGCCCGCGUCCAUCAGAAAGCACUACAAGCCUGUCGUACAGACCACGGGUGACGCCAGGAUCAUCCAGGAGAUGCCCCAACUGUUGGAUGCUGCCUCUUCGCCCCUCAUCGCAGACCAGGAAGUGCUUCAGGGCCUCCCGAAGACCUACAUCCUCACGUGUGAGCACGAUGUCCUGCGCGAUGAUGGGGUCAUGUAUGCCAAGCGCUUGGAGAGUGCGGGUGUGAACGUGACCUGGGACCACUUUGAGGAUGGCUUCCAUGGUUGUAUGAUUUUCACGAGCUGGCCAAUCAACUUCUCUGUUGGAAUCCGGACUAGGAAUAAUUAUAUCAAAUGGCUCGAUCAAAACCUGUGAUGGAGUAAAGUCCUCAGAUGCGAAGCUCUUGACCUCCUCUG